AAGUGAAGCGACACGGAGAUUGCUAGCUUAGUUGGAUGAAGAUACUCGGAUAGCCUGAGCAACGCGAAAAUUGGAAAAAAUCGAAAAAGGAAAACACAAAUAAUAUGUGUUAAUAUAUGCGAUACUCGCGAUACGAGAAACAAAAGAAAAUAGCAGAAAAAAGAUUAAGGCUAUCAGUGACAGUGUUGAAGGAUACAGACAAAAUUAUUUUCUACUUAUAACAAAAUCGAUAUCGAUUUCUUAAAUCAGUUAUUAUUUUAUCAUGCAGUAAAAUUCACAACUUCAACUUUUUAUACGACUUGUGUACGAACGGAGUCGAUUUUCCGCAAGGAAUUCUAGAUUGUAUUAUUUGCGAUUAUUUGUCACAUGGAGAGAGCAGCAGUGAGAAUCGGAAGUUCAGCAUCGUCCCGUGAGAAUAGCUAUUUGACACUGCUGGAUCAAUGGUACAAUUCGAAAUUAAAAUCAGUCUCUCAAGAACCACAUAUUGAUAAAAUACAACGAUUGAACAAAGAAUUACCCAGAGUGACUUGGGUCAAUGUGGGUAGAAUCUCCUCUAUCAUAACGCAGCCGAUAUUGUGGUUCAGUGAAGAAGUAGUUUCCGAAACCAUGUGCGAUUUUUUCGGCUUCUAUAAAAAUUAUGAUAAACUACAUAAACUUCAAAACAACAUAUUUUUCAUAUACGACGCCGACACCAAUUAUGUCCAAACCCGAUACAAUAUGACGAGUGACAUUCUUUACGUAGAAACAAAGUUCGUUAAUAAAGUGAUACUAAAGACUGAUGACGAGAAUCAGUUAUUAUUGAACUUGGAUGAAAUUGUGGAAUCAAAUCCAUACGUCAAAUGUCAUUCGACGUUCCGAGAGAAAUUUCAAACCUCAGUGUGGGGCAUAGAUUGCGGUCAAGUAGCAGCUAGAUGGAUAUCUAAGAGUCUACAUAGAAGAGGAAUAAGAUUGGCACUUACUGUGCAUAAGCAAAGGAGUUUGCGGAAAGGAUUUUGGCCACGAUUGAAGGAUGGAUUUAGGAGAAACAAUGACGAAAAAAAUUUUAAGUUACCUUUUUCGGAAUUACCGCCCUAUUCGUUGGUUACGAGCACUUCGUUGGACACUUUUAUAUCAAGACAUAUGUUUGCUACGCAAUAUUUCUAUCAUGAACCGAAUAUAAUUAUAAAGACAGAUUACCCUGCAUUUCUCGAGAACAAAUGGGAAUGGAUCAAGCUCGGUGAGAGCGCAAUCAUCAGGAACAUAAAUCCGUUUGAACCGGAUAAUAGCUUAGAUGACAAUCUACCGCUAGACAUGAGAUUAAAGAUGUUGCCCAUUAAUUGUGAAUUAUAUUAUUCGGGUAAGAUAAAGAAGAACGAUAUCGUGUGGGUCCAUGAUUUAAAGUACGAACAUGUAGACUAACAACGAAAAGGAUUCCUGCUGUGUUUACUUAUUUCUUUUAUAUUGUUGUUUAUGAUCAAUUUGUCCUUGAUGGUUGGAGACAUAAUUAUAA